AUGGAGAAGUCCCUGAAGUUCGCCGUGGUGUGCGUCGGAGUCUCUCUGCUCCUCUCCGUCCAGCCCGUCGAGGCGUGGUACAAGCAGGCCACCGGGCCGAGCUACUACUCGGUGGGCCGAGCCUCGGGUCUGCUCUCCGGGAUCAGGAGGUCCCCGUACGUCCGGAGGUCCGAGUCGGAGGAGACUCUGGUGGACAGCGGAGAGACGGCCGGUAACACCGGAGAGCCCGCCGGUAACAGACAGAUCUCCAUCCUGAAGAGCAUGGCUAUAUGUGUGAAGGACAUCACCCCGAACCUGAAGACGUGCGAGCUGCUCCGGGACGGAACCGGAACCUUCCAGUGCAAAGCAGAAGUCUUCCUGACCCUCGACUCUCUGGACUGUUUGUCUGCUUGA